AAGUGCUUCUAGUUGUUUGAAGUGUUUUGAGCCAUUCAAAUCAAAUAACAGGCGUCACAUAAUGCUGGGUCCUCAGAUAUCAUUCUCUAAAACCUUCUUUUUUCGUCAGCUAUUUGAUCAGGAAAGUAGUACGUACACAUACCUGUUAGCAGACAUCAACUCCAAGGAGGCAGUUCUAAUUGAUCCAGUACUAGAGCAAGCUAUCAGAGACUCAAAUCUUAUCAAGGAAUUGGGAUUUUCUUUGAAAUAUGCAAUGAAUACGCACAUGCACGCUGACCACAUAACAGGCUCUGGUGCACUCAAGAAGAUGAUCCCUGGAUGCAAGAGCAUUAUAUCGAAAUCGAGCGGCGCCAAUGCUGACAUCAAACUCGAGCCUCAUGACGUCAUAGAGUUCGGAUCUUUCAAACUCGAUGUUCGGCCCACUCCAGGCCACACAAAUGGUUGUGUGACAUACGUUGCCGAAGACCAAGGAAUCGCAUUCACAGGAGAUACUCUCCUGAUCAGAGGUUGUGGUCGAACCGAUUUCCAAGAGGGAGACGCUGCUACGCUCUACGAGUCAGUACACAAUCACAUAUUCUCGCUUCCCGAACAUUUUCGACUCUUCCCUGCACAUGACUAUAAAGGUCAAAUGAGCACAACUGUUUGGGAAGAGAAGAGAUAUAAUCCACGACUGACGAAGUCAAAAAAUGAAUUCAUUGAUUUGAUGAACAAUCUAAACUUGCCUUAUCCAAAGAAAAUUGGUAAGUCCUUCAUUAAACUAACUUAUGAAAACUCAAAUCUACAAUGUACGUUUUUUGAUCAAUUAUGUGUCACCGAAUAUUUUUGA